ACGCAUGCGCUCGGAUGUUGAGCCGGAAAUUUGUUAUGGGUUUCAGUUUAAGCUGAGCACCGGCAAAUUUAUCAACAACAUGGACGCGUGGUGUAUUUUAACUUCGUUUUCUUUUUUAAUUGCGUGUGCCAAGACAUCGAACGUUGGUAAACCCAUCGAGGUGACAGAAGAUAACUGGCGGGAAACCUUAAGUGGAGAAUGGAUGGUUGAAUUCAUGGCACCAUGGUGUCCAGCGUGCCAGAGUUUCCAGGAAACAUGGGAGUCAUUUGCCAAAUGGGGACGCGAUCUCGAUGUCAAGGUGGGAAUAGUUGAUGUCACACAGAAUCCAGGUUUAAGUGGAAGGUUUUUUGUAACAGCACUGCCUACGAUCUAUCAUAUAAAAGAUGGCGUCUUUCGUCAGUACGUCGGGUCACGGUCAGAAAAUGACUUGAUUGGUUACGUAGAUGACAAGAAGUGGACAGACUACGAGCCAGUUUCUGCAGUCUGGAAUCCAAAUUCUAUACAAAUGUCAACUGUAUCAUGGUUUUUCAAAAUAGCCAUGAUGAUCAGAUCUUUUUAUAACACAAUGGUUUCAGAAUAUGGCAUUCCAGAAUGGGGGUGUUACUUGAUAUUUGCUGUGAUGACCAUCAUAGCAGGACUGAUUCUUGGACUGAUAAUUGUAUGUUGUUGCGAUUUCAUGUACCCCCCUAAAUAUCAACAAAUCCAAGUGCCGAAUGAAGCAGCAGAUAAUCAGGAUGAUGAUAUUCUGGAUGACACAAAACCAAAUCCUGAUGCAGAUGGUGAUGCUAAGACAGUUCGUCAAAGACAUGUUGAAAAAUCUGAUGAACAAUCGGAAUGAUUUUCUGUGACACUUAAUGUAUCAUUGCUUUCCUUCCAGAUGAAUUUAUAUGUAAUGACUGUACAUACUUUUAAUACAUUUAUGGCUGAAUACAAGUGUCUGAAUGUGAUUUACUUCCUUGGGAGCUAUAUGCAAUGUAUAUUAUUCAUCUUGCCUGUUAUAUAGUAAGAUAUAUGUGGCUACUUUUUCAAUGGAAAGCGUUUGCUACAUUGUUUGCUUUUAGCCUGUUUUACUUAGAAACUGGGCACUUUGUCGACCAAACUUCAUCCAAAUACAUAUUGUAGAUAAAGGAACAUCACUAUUUGAGCUACAUACAAGGUACAGUUUAAAGUUAGCCCACAACUUAUACAUAAAUAUAUAUAUAGAGAAAGUAGAAUAAUAUUAAUACCAGAACACAGUUGCUUCAGUAUGUAUACUUGUUUAGGUUUUGUUGUUCUGUUUUGUAAUAGGUAGCAUGCACUUUUAACAUACAUUCUACACGUAGCAGGCACAAGUGACCAAACAUAACAGCAUAAGCGUACGAGACAGGGAGGCGGGGUGCAACUGCCCCUGUAGUACUGGAGCAAAUCCGCAAAAUUGGACACAGACUAUUGAGCUAUUCAGGCGAAAUGUACUAACCUGAGACCUUUUGCCAUGUAUUUUCUUCAUUCUACAUGCAAAAUUAGUUGUAAUCCAUGUAUAAAUGCGCAGUGAUUCAUUUGGAACCCUAUAUGGCUGUUCGGUAGUAACGUUUAUAUAAAUAAAUGUUGUUAUCCAGAAUCGGGCAUUUUCAUUUAAUUUGGGCAAAAACCAGCCUGCCCCCCUACAAAAGUGCCCAUGUGCCUAUGCAUAAUAGUCACUUGAUACGUGUUCACUUUGUAUAGAAAAUCUUGCAAUGCAGCAGUAUUUAGCAGUUGUAUGAAAUAUUGUUUUCAUUGAUACUCUUUGUAAUUUUGAUGCCUUGGUCUUUUGAAGAUUAAAAAUAUUUUGAUUACUUCUGGGAUGAAAUGAAAUGACGAAUUUGUCAUCAAAAUCUGCCAUCAACAUUUUCUCAACUGGGACAGGCUCUAAUACAGACAUAAAAUAACAUCCCAAGGAAGUUUUGACAACUCUCCUUGAGGCUUUGUCAACAUGAUAUACUUAUUGUGGAAUAACAUUCCAGUUUAUAAGUUUUUGUUUUAAAUAAUUAUUGUUGGUUAACUUCUUAUAGUGGUGAGUUAAACACUUUGUAAUUGUCCAUCAGGUUCAUUUUGUCCAGUAACUAAAUAUUUUUUACAUCAUAUGUUUGUAGUGUCCGUGGCACUUUACCUUAAUGAUGGCACUUUACCUUAAAGGCAUACUUUCACGGAUUUAAGGACCUUAUUUCUCUAAAAAUGGAUAAUAAAUAAAAAUUACAUUAAUUGUUAGAAACCAAAUCUAUCUAUCGCAUCACCUUAACUGAAUCAUGUUGGAGUGAAAUCCAUGUC